GCGGUGCCCACUUACCCUGUCGUGCGCCUCCAGAAACGCCUCCUCCUUUACUGCAAGCUGUACUGCAGUGCUGUAACAUAACCACACCAAAAAAAGAGACGUCAUGGUCAACUUUAGUGCCAUCACGUCCUUGACGUACUGGACGCAGGUUGCGUUCCUCAGCGGCUAUGCGCAGCCAAGCACAUGCGAUUUGAAGAAUAUUGUUCCACGCCGCAAUGUCUUUUAUGCUGGUGGACAAUACACCACACUGACGAAUCAUGACACAAAUACGACAACCACGGCCAUGAUCGGCCAGAUUUAUGUCGAAAAGCUAUCACUUCCCCCAAGCCAUCAUCAGCAUGGCCAUGACCAUCAGACGAAACGCCUGCCCAUAAUCUUCAUUGCCGGUGCGGCGCAAACAGGCACAAAUUUCCUCGAUACGCCCGAUGGACGGCCAGGAUGGGCGUCAUACUUUCUCUCGAAAGGUCAUACAGUAUAUCUCUCCGAUCAGCCAGCGAGGGGCAGGUCUGCGUGGCAGCCGGGGUCGAGCAAGAUGGGCUCAAUUGGGUCUCCGGAUUCCGUAUCCAACAUCUUUACCAACACAGCGAAUAACGGGGGCCAAUGGCCACAAGCGAAGUUACAAACACAGUGGCCAGGCACGGGACGAAUGGGAGACCCUACGUUUGACGCAUUUUAUAGAAGUCAGGUGCAGCUGCAGACGGACCGAUUUAUAGGCGAGGAGCAGAAUGCGCAGGCUUAUGCGGCACUUGUUGAUAUAGUUGGCGAAUGUUAUAUCAUUAGCCACUCUCAGGCUGGAGCAUACGGAUGGCGCGUUGGAGAUAUGCGUCCCAAGCUUGUCAAGGGCAUAGUGCAGCUGGAACCAUCAGGACCACCUUUUACACUGCGCCCACCAUUCGGCAACGACCCAGCCUUUGCAUUCGGCUUAACUGAUCUUCCUAUCGGAUACGAGCCUCCAGCAGGUGACAAGGCUGAGAAUAUUGAGACCGUCAUUGAGCCUGCUAUAGACGCGGACCACAACGACUGUAUCAUGCAGCGCAGCCCCGCGAAACAGCUGACGAAUCUGGGUGGUAUCCCAGAACUAGUUGUGACGGGCGAGGCAUCGUUCCAUGCACCGUACGACUACUGCACAGUCAAAUUUCUGGAGCAAGCUGGCGUCGACGUGGAGCAUCUCGAUCUCGGACGAGAAGGCAUCCAUGGCAACGGACACAUGUUCUUCAUGGAGAAGAACAACCUCGAGAUUGCAGAGCGCGUCUACGAUUGGCUAGAAGAGCACUAAGUGCUGGCGUGCAAACGCCAUUGUAUAUAACGACAUCAUCAUCGGCAUACUAAAACAUUGAUGGUGGCAUGAUUGUCACUAUCUAUCUGCAUUAAGCGCGCGGCACAUAUUUGAAAUUCUGAAGAUUUAUGUAUUCAUAACCAAUAGAAAUGACUACGUACUACCUAUGGUUAAAAAGCUAUAUACGGGAUAUAGAUGACAUCUAAGAUCGCCACUCACCACUCAACCAGCGAGUGAAAAAGUUGAGCGCAGCCACGGGCUGGUUCUGAGGCACAAAGUGGCCAGCCUCGUACACGCGCAAAAAGGUCAACUUGUCUGCAUGCUUAACCUGGCCGUACUCCUUGCCGUCGACGUUAACGCCAGAAAUCUUGGCAGCAGCAAAGGCAGCUUUGCCGGGCCAUUCAAGCGCAUUGGUCCAAGCCUGGUUGCCAAGCCAGUUGCAGAUGAAGUCGGCAUCACCAGCGUAGAUGAGAACCGGGAUCUUCUGCAUGAUGGUCGUGACGAAGCGCUGAAUAGGCUGCAUCCAGUCACCAUUCUCAACAAACGCGAGGUUGAGGUUGAGAUUGCACAUUUCCCACUUGCGGCUCACCUCGACGCCCAACGCCUGCUUGGUAGAGUCUUGGUUGAGGAAGUCGGCCACAUAGUUGGGGACAUCAUCGCCAUCCUUUUGGCGAACGUCGUAUACCGACUUGCCACUCUGUCUGUAGACGCUGAAGAUGAGCUGGUUGCAUUCAAGUGUAGCAGCAACACAGUCGGCCUUGAGGUUGGUGAGGUAGCAGGUCUCGAUGAGGGGCAGGCAAGUCUGCGCAGCGGCCUCCAUGGCAGCGCACUGCUCAGGCGUGUUGACAGCCGGCUUGCCACCUUCGCCGCAGGCCAUGGGGCGGUAGUACUUGUACUGCGUCAAGGGGUCCGUAAGACCGUUACCGAUAAGAAGACUCUUGAGGUUGAUGUUGGUGUGGUUAUUGGUGAGGAUCUCAUUGCCAGUGGAAGGGAUGUAGUGACCGGCGUAGGAUUCACCAGCAAUGUGGAAAUCCUGUUUGCUGUACUGGGGGAACUGAGUGAAGAAGAGGCUGAGCAGCGAGGACAAGUCUUGCGCAGCGGCGUGGCUGUCAUGGACCUCUUUGCUGCUGUAGGAGAAACCAGUGUUAAUGGGCUGGUCGAUGAAGAUGACCGACGCGUUGUUAUUCCAAGCAUAGGGGUUUUGGACGGGUUUAAGGUCUUUGUUGGGGAUGGAAGCUGGACCAAGCUCCGUGAAGAGGCCGAUCAGGGACGAACAGCCUGGGCCGCCAUUGAGCCAGAGAACGACGGGAUCAUUGACAGGAUCGUUUCUAGAUUCAAAGAACCCUGUGAUGGUUAGUGAGCUGCGGUAUUGUAUUUUGGAGGUUGAGCGCUUACAGUAAAACAAAUGCUUGUCAUUCUUCAGAUCAUCCAAGUAGCCGCUGAUUUGCUUGACUGAAUCAACGCCAAGAGACAAGGGAUCAACCUUUCUUGAGCGAAGGUUGUAAUUGGCAAUGUAGUCCGGGGCAAUGGGUUCAGUAUCACGCGGGAGAAUGAAGUUGGCAAUAUCGGCACCCUUGAGGAUAUGGUCCCAUUCAUGAUCCGCUCGACGGUGAAUGUGCUCGGGGUGAGUGAUGGACGCCGAGACUGACGAAGCCAAGACAAGAGACAAGAUGGAGAAGCGCAUGGUAAUAGCACACUGAAAGAAGAUCUAGACGACUGGGAGAGAACAGGUCAUGGCGCACAAGCUGGGCUUGGCUUUCCUAUUUAUCAUGACCAUUUCAUAACAAGUCAUUGUGCUUAACGGAGAGUGCCGUGCACUACUCACACGACCAUGCGCCAGUAUCUCAUAAAUUGGGCAACAUGGUCGAGCAAUAAAAGACUGCGAGGAGCUAGAAGCGACCCUAACAAGGCAAUACUGCGACCUCAACCCCACAUCGGUUGCGCGAUGCAGCCCACCAGCGGCUUGUUCCAGGCACUCACAGCGCGUGGACAAGCUCCAAUCAUGCAGGGUACAGUAUACUCACCCACAUGUCGCAGAUGUAAGUGUGGGAAGUCGCUUGUCGGAUGUCUUACGGCUGAUGGCGAAGGUUUUGGGUAGCCAGUAGUAUGUGAUGCUCCAGGUCACCAUUUUUAGUACCAGCGGUUGAUUUUAUUAGUAUAAAUACUGAGAAUAUUCCAGGUCCAAAGUUAAGCGAUGGCAAAGAGACAAUUGCCCAUGAUGGCGCACGCAACCUUCAUUGUGCACUAGUAGAUGCGUUAGUCUAUUGCUAGCGCCGUCGGGGUUGUGGACCUGGACCGUUCUUAUUUGGCCCAAGAGGGCAGCUGCAAUUGUCUAACUAAACUUUUGAAUUUUAUAGCCCAUGCCAACUAUCUCGCUUGGCGCGUGCGACGCUACGCUACUGUUCCCACUAGACUACCAUAUUUCAGCGAAUUCAGCGUCGACGCAUAAUGCACUUUUGUAGGCGAGACCGUGACAACCAUGUUGGAGUUGCGGCCUUUAGUGUCUCUGAAUGUCUCCCGUAGCACCAUGGUCAAUGGCGAGGAACGAUACGGCACGCGAGCUUGUCGAGUUGACCAGGCACGCAUCACUUCUUUGAGAGCGAGCAGGUCCGUGUUGAUCCGUCUCGAUUCGACUCUUUCUGCGGCCGUCUGUCGAUUUUUGCUGCUGGCGCUGUCUUGCUGAUACUCGGAACCGGCGAGAUCAACAAACACCAUUCGGCCCCCAAGACUCGUGCUGUACUUUGCAUAGACAGCACUAACAGCUGCCUCUGCUUCCUUUACUCGGUCCUCAAAAAGAGCCUUUUCUGCCUCGGCCGCGUUGAUUCGCGCCAUAUCCAUCUUGAAGCCUGGACGCGGCUUGUAGAUGCCAUUUGCGUCUUUGAACACGCUCUUGGUUUGCUCUUCGACGGUUAUAUCGAUAGCCCGUUUGCCAACGGGAACAAGUUCCGAUUCACGAUUUAUGAGUUCCGCACGCGCGUCAAUGAGCGACUGGUUAAUAAUCUCCAGCUCCAGUACAAGGUGCGUGCGUGACGAUUCGUCAUGGACGGAUGAGCUGCCGACUGCGCGAUUGGCCACUGCUUCAAGAAGAACGGUGCAGAACUCCUCGUAGGUCCAACAGGGUCGCUUUACAAUGGGCUGCACCCGCACUUGGCCGCCGGGUAGGCAUUCCGUCUCUCCGCGAAUAUGGACUUUUUCAUCCGAUCCUUCGCGGAUGUGGCAUUUCUUGCCAUUGUUCAACAGAUCAAAAGCGGCUUUUUGUCGGAGUUCAAACGCGGCAAGCCCAACAGCCAAUGGUUCAUGCUGUUGAGUGAUUUGGUCAAACAUCUCUCUUGCACUCGCCAUGCAAAGACCGAGAUCAGACUUUAAUUCCUGCCGACUCCCAAUAACAGUAUGCGUUUUGCCGCUGCCUGAAUGGCCAUAGGCAAAGAAACUGCAGCAGCCACCUGCCAUGACACCAGAUAUUAGCGGCUGAACAAUCGUACCGUACGCGGCCUCGUUUGUAUCACUUUCGUUGAGAAUGGUAUGAAAUGCGAAAGGAGACUUCCAUGGUUUGUCUUGCGGGGUAGAUUUUCGGUUGAGGACAACAGCAUGACGAGGUAUGGACGAAGUUUGCUCUGCCGGGACAAUAUGAUGGUCAAUGCAGUCGUCUUUGGUUUCGGCUCGGAUGCGGGAGCGCCAGCGAACAAACACAUUCAUGGUAGUCAAAGAGGAAAUAAAAUAAACAAAUGUGAGUUUCUUAAGAUGAUGGAUGGGCGAAUGAUGCACAUUGACUGAUGUUUUCAAUUCCGG